AUACGUGGGCCGGACACGUAUCGGCACGUUUCUAGGAUACGGCCCAGCCCACGAAGCACUUCAGCCUCAUGUCCCAGCCCCUGACCUAGGCCAGCACACAACACCCUCGCACUGGAUAGACGCUCGCAGGCGCCGGGGCGCCGGCGACGAGCCGCCGCCCGCCUUCAGGGAGGACCGCCGGCUGCAAUCUCCGAUGGCACGCACCAGAUCUCAUCCAACAAUGUCAGCGAGUGCAGUCGCCAGCGAGGCACCGCCGUCAUCCGAGAUCAGCACGGAGGGCGGCGGCGACGAGACGGCGAGAGCGACGCCGGCGGGGACGGAUAAGGACGGCGAAGCGGCGGCGGGGACGGCGCCGCCGGAAGGGACGACGAGGGAGACGAAUGCGAAGAAGAAGCAGCAGAUGGACGGAGAUGAUGAUCAGGCGGCGGCGGAGGAGGAGGAGGAGGAGAGGACGAAGCUGGUGCCGGUGGAGCACGCGUACAUCGACGCCGUCCAGGCACGGAUGGAGCCUAACCAGUCCAAUGAUGGAUCACAGGGAGCUUAUCCAGGUGGCAACAUUGGUCCCUACCAGGCUGCCUGGAACCCAUACCAAGGCCCUCCAUCCUGUUUCCCCCAAGGAGUGCUGCAGCUUGCACCCAAUGUCUCAAUGAUGCAUCCAAGUAGCAGUGAUCCACAAGUGUUUCAUUCGGCUGAAAACGCAAAUGCCUCUGCCCAAAACGAUGAGGAAGAUGCGGAGGAACUUUCUAUCUCUCCAGCGCCUACAGGAAAAGGAAAGAGGCCAAAGGUGGUGAGUAGGAUCAAGUUAAGCAAUUUCCAUCCAGAAGAAGAUGUAAACAUUGUGAAGUCAUGGCUUGAAAUAAGCUGUGACCCAAUUGCAAGUACAGGACAAAAAAAGGAUGGUAUGUGGUCAAGGAUUCUGCAACGAUACAACUUAAGGAGGGGAUCAUAUCCAGAAAGGAGUGUGAGGUCUCUACAGAGCCGUUGGGACAUUAUCAAGGCUGAAGUGGGGAAGUUUGCAUCAUUCUAUGCUGAUGUCGUUCGAGAGAACCCUAGCGGGAUGUCGGACGCCGAUAAGACCACUCAUGCAGCAGCUACUUUUGCUAGUGUCCUCCAACACAGCUUUGCCUAUCUGCAUUGUUGGGACAUCAUGAAGGAUGAGCCCAAAUGGCAGCAUCCAAAGGCUAGAGCAGUUGGAAAGUCAGCUGGAGCGUUCGAGAGAAAAAAAAGAAAGUCAGCUGGAGGUGAUGGUUUUGGGCAGAAAACCAUCAACCUUGGGACGGCGCCGCCAGAAGGGACGACGAGGGAGACGAAGGCGAAGAAGAAGCAGGAGAUGGACGGAGAUGAUGAUCAGGCGGAGGAGGAGGAGGAGGAGAGGACGAAGCUGGUGCGGGUGGAGCACGCGUACAUCGACGCUGUCCAGGCACGGAUGGAGCCUAACCAGUCCAAUGAUGGAUCACAGGGAGCUUAUCCAGGUGGCAACAUUGGUCCCUACCAGGCUGCCUGGAACCCAUACCAAGGCCCUCCAUCCUGUUUCCCCCAAGGAGUGCUGCAGCUUGCACCCAAUGUCUCAAUGAUGCAUCCAAGUAGCAGUGAUCCACAAGUGUUUCAUUCGGCUGAAAACGCAAAUGCCUCUGCCCAAAACGAUGAGGAAGAUGCGGAGGAACUUUCUAUCUCUCCAGCGCCUACAGGAAAAGGAAAGAGGCCAAAGGUGGUGAGUAGGAUCAAGUUAAGCAAUUUCCAUCCAGAAGAAGAUGUAAACAUUGUGAAGUCAUGGCUUGAAAUAAGCUGUGACCCAAUUGCAAGUACAGGACAAAAAAAGGAUGGUAUGUGGUCAAGGAUUCUGCAACGAUACAACUUAAGGAGGGGAUCAUAUCCAGAAAGGAGUGUGAGGUCUCUACAGAGCCGUUGGGACAUUAUCAAGGCUGAAGUGGGGAAGUUUGCAUCAUUCUAUGCUGAUGUCGUUCGAGAGAACCCUAGCGGGAUGUCGGACGCCGAUAAGACCACUCAUGCAGCAGCUAUUUUUGCUGGUGUCCUCCAACACAGCUUUGCUUAUCUGCAUUGUUGGGACAUCAUGAAGGAUAAUCCCAAAUGGCAGCAUCCAAAGGCUGGAGCAAUUGGAAAGUCAGCUGGAGGUGAUGGUUUUGGGCUGAAAACCAUCAACCUUGGAGAUGACAAAUCUAGCCCCACUGGAUCAGCUGAGAAGAGUCCUCUAGGCAGGGAUUUAGCUAAAGCAGCCAAGAAGGAGGCAAAUUCUUCUGCGGGUUCAGCAUCAUCAUCGGAGCAUGCCUCGAGGAUGCAAGAUCUAUCUUUGCAAAAGAUUUCAAUCCUGCAAGAAGAAUCCGUGCGGAAAAAUGAGUGGUUCCAGCAGCUUGCCUAUAUAGAUGAGAAGCGUUUUGAGGAAAUGCGAAGCUACAAUCAAUCAUUGUUAACCAUUGAGCAAGAGAAGAUGCGGAUCAUGCGUGAGCAGCAUGACAUGGACAAGGAAAGAAAGGAGAAGAAAGAGGAUGAAAGGAUCCUUGGGAUUAAGCUUGAUGAUUGCACGCCAGGACAGCGAUUGUAUUAUGAAGCCCUUCAGGAAGAAAUUUUAGAAAAGAUUGCAGCUAGGCGCCGGAAGAGACAGGGGCCCUGAACCAAUGUAACCUUAGUGUGCAAUUCUGUUAUUUGUCGAGUAAGCUUGUGUGUAAUUUGGACAGUAUUUGACUGUACUUCUAUUGUAAGCUUGUGCGUAAUUUGGACAGUAUUUGACUGUACUUCUAUUGUAAGCUUGUGUGUAAUUUGGACAGUAUUUGACUGUACUAUUGUACGCUUGUGUGUAAUUCUCAAAAUUUAUCUCUAGCAGCAUUCUGAA